CCAAACCCUCCCGCCCGCAAUGUCCAAGCCAGCAGCCAACAUCUCGCAGGCGUCCUUACUCGAGCUCAAGGCAAUCACAGCCGAGCAUGCAGACAAGUUUGCCAAGGAGGGCAAGGGCGCAGUCCGCGGCGCGCCCCGCCCAAAAGCACUCGACAAGGCGAAAGAGAAGGACCCCUUCCUCCGCCCGUCGCCGGGACUCGUGAAGCGCCUGGCCCGCGAGGCGCGCAACGACGCCAAGCAGCGGCACUUUGACGCCUCGGGGCCGAGCGAUGAGCAGCGGCGCGCAAUCCUAGAGGCCAAGGCGAGGAAGUACGACCAGCUCGCGAGGGGCGACUACUCGGGCUUGAGCGAACGCGAGCUCGCCGAGGCGACAAUAGAUUUUGAUCGCAAACGCGAAGAAUGGUCGGAUCAUUCGUCGGACGAGGACGAGUCAGCCGCGCCGGCCCGCGCGAGGUGGGACGACAACGGCGAGGACAAGUUCGAUACCCUCGGCGACCUGGAGACGGUCGAGUACGUCGACGAGAUGGGGCGUACACGAACCGGUACGAGGAAGGAGGCACGAGAGGCGGAGCGGGAGAAGGCUAGGGAUAAGCGCCGGCGUGAGGAAGGCAGCGACGACGAGGAAGGUGGGAGACGGUUCGAUCUGGGGGCGUAUGCCGAGGUGCAACAAUCACAGGUCAUCCACGGCGACCAGUCCUUCUUCCCUGUGUACCAGCCCGACCCAGACGCCAUCAAGCAGAAGUACCUAGAGGCGGAGCGCGCCGAGCGCACAGAGCGCUACGAUGCGUCCAAGGAGGUCCGUGUUCGCGGCGCUGGAGCGUACCAGUUCUCGCUGGACGACGAGGCGCGCAAGGUCCAGAUGGCCGAGUUGAACGCUCAACGCAACGAGACGGAGCGCGCGCGGGCAGAGGCUGCUGGCCGCACCGGGUCGGCGGCGAAGGAAGCGCAGAAGCGGCGUGUGGAGGAGCGCCGACGGCUCGUCGAGGCCAAGCGGGCCAAACUGCUGGGCGGGGCCGAGGUUGUCGCGCGGUUGCGCAGGGAAAAGGUCGAGCGCGACGCGGAUUCCUUGCUGAAUGACUUUGAGUCGCAGCUGAGGUCGUCGCCAGACAAGGCAUAGCACGCAUCCAUCACGCAGCGCACCGCAUACACCAUUGUAAUAGUAGUGGCAUAGCAUACAUAUGUACAACGAAUCACAACGUCUAUUGUCGUCUAGACCUGCACCCAGAAGCGUCCGGCGUCGGACGCGCCUUGCCCGUUGCCCAGGGCGCCGGUGACGCCGCCACCGCCAACCGCCUUUCCUACACGCUCCAUGACAGCGAGGCCGAGGCCGUCGUCGGCGCAACCCUCGACGAUGAUGGCGUCGACGCCGGCAUCAGUGCCAUCAGCUUCGAGUUCCAGCAGGCCGUCAAAGAGGGCAGCCGCAGCGCUCGUAGCGUCUGGGCCAAGGCUGCGCGGGGUCAUCUGCACACCUGAGACCGACGCCAGUGCCUUGGACAGGGGUGAGUUGGCAUAGUGCAGCAGGCCGAACUUUGGCUCGGCGGCCCGACCCUGCGUCUUGGCUGCCAGUGCGCGGACCACCUCGUUUGGCGCGGUGACGCUCGAGCUGAUCGCCGGGCGCGGGAACACGGUCGACGGGAGGAAGAGGUACACUGGGACGCGGGGCGAGUAGUGACGGUACUUCAUGCCGGGUGUGGAGGGUGCCGCGUCGGGGUUGGGCUUUGGCAAUGGCGCGGUCGAGGUCGAGCCACGGCGCCAUGGCUUGCCGUGCACGAGGAUGUCCGUGUAUCCGCCAUACUUGGCGUCCACAGCGGCCACGACUUUUGCGAUAUCCUCCACGCCGAGUCCACCAGGCCGGAGGACGUUGACGCUGCCGCCGCCGCCCUGCUUCCAGCCGAGUCCGUCGACGACCGUGCUCUCGACGCCGACCCCACAUGCGCCGCCGUCGAGGAUACACCCGAGCCCUUCGGCGCCGUCGAGGUCGUGCGCGACGUGUGCCGCGCGCGUAGGGGACGGCCGGCCGGAGCUGUUCGCACUCGGCGCCGAUACGGGCAGAUCGGCGGCCGCGAUGAGCGCCAGCGCCAACGGAUGGUCGGGCAUGCGGAUGCCGUUCGUCUGUGGGGCCGGGGCUGGUGGCGGACUAGGGUUGGGGAACAGCAGCGUGAGCGGUCCAGGCCAGUACGCGUCCACGAGGGCGAGGUAGAGCGGCGACAGGGCAUAGUUGGUCGGCAGGAGGCGGCGCAGCAUGGCGAGCGAGGACACGUGGAUGAUGAGCGGGUUAUCCCGUGGUCUGCCCUUGAUGUCGUAGACUUUGGCCACGGCGUCGGGGUUCAAAGAAUGCGCGCCGAGGCCGUACACCGUCUCGGUAGGGAACGCGACCGUGCGCCCGGCACGCAGAUGGCCCGCGGCGGUGGCGAGCGCCGCGCCGACAGCAGGCGAGGUGACAAAGGUUGGGUUCUCGAGGCGGUUCGGCGCCGACGGCGUGAUCCCCACGUCGGAGGGGGACGCAGACAGCACCGGCGUACGUGGCGGCACGGUCAUGUUGCGGGCUUGUGUGAGGGCUCGCGCGAGGCGAUGGCGCAUGCACAAUUGUGUUUGUUG